GCUGGAGAUGUAAUGCGUCUGAUCUAUUAUGGAGAGGAUUCCUUCUAUACUGGGCAGAGGGUAUGCGUCUUUGAUAGUCAAGGCGUUCAACUUCCGGGCAUCCAGGCAGAACCGGUCUUUCCCUGGCUUCGACACCACUGUUGUGCGAUUGCUCCACGGGCUUUUGCUCUCCUCGAUGACACCCAGCUCCAACAUCUUGUCGAUCUCGUCUUCGACCACCUUCUGCUUCGCCGGAGACAUCGGAUACGGACGAUCCUUAAAUACCCGAGCUCCUUCCAUCAGUUCAAUGGAAUGCCUCUCCAUGCUGGUGACUCCGAGGCCGUCCCUUUCAAAGAAAGGCUCCAGGAUUCCGGUUCCUCCCUUACCUCGUCCUCAUCUUCCUGGUCGGCAUAGUGCUCCAUCUGGCUGGCAUGAAUUGGAUUUCCUCCGCUGCCUUGACGCCUCUCGUCGCCGGCUUCCCCACGACGGCUGGAGCUAGUCCGAAGGCUCGCCAGAAGUCGACUCCGAAGCAGCUCCAAGCGUCCGAUGAUGGAUCGAUCUUCGCCAGAAGCCGUACGGACUACCGAAAAAUACGGUUGGACGGUAACUCCCAGCGCUUCCACGAGCUCUCGACAGC